CCCCAACACACCAGGAAACGAAAAGUAAAAUGCGACGAAGGGAAGCCAUAUUGUAAUCACUGCUUACGUACCGGUCGGCGAUGUGAGGGUUACUCUAGCGUUCCGCAAGCCCCGUCUCUCCCUAUUACGCGGGACCCAGACUUGCAUACGAGACUGUUCGCCUCCUCGGAAGAACGGAGGAGUUUCUUCUUUUUCCAAAACAACGCUAGCAAGUCGCUCGGGGGCAUUUUUAACACUUCGUUCUGGGGCCGGGAGGUCAUGCAGGCGGCAAUCCAUUACCCCUUGGUUCGUCACCUCGUUAUCGCCUUAGGCUCUGCCUACGAGACCUUUGAAUCAGGAACGGUGAUCCAGGACGGGUCCCUCGCUUUGCAACAACGGGCUUGCGCAAUCAACCUCCUUCACAACCUCAUGCAACGGCCAGAUAUUGCAUCAGAAGGAACCACAGGCUGUAUCCUCACCGCUGUCGUUCUGUUCAUCUACUUGGCGUGCGUCCGUGGGCGGUACGCUGAGGCGUUUCAACACAUCCGCUCCGGAGUCACGUUAUUGCAGCAACUCGAAGAUUCUAUCCAAGAGCGCAAAAGCGUGUUGCGUGUAGGAUACCCAAUAUCGUCAUCACGGCUACGAUACAUGCUCAGCUCCACAUAUGGCCAGUUUCGUGGGAUGGUGAAUGACACAUUCUUGGAAACCGGGUCCUACGACGUCUUGCGAACCGAGGUGAAACCAGCAGUGCUCUUCACCUCGCUCGGAGAUGCUCACUCAUACAUCGAGAACUUGAGGAACAAUGCUCUGUCUUUCCUCCAAUCCUGCGAAUUUCGACCAAAUAUUUUGACGGAUGAACUUGAGUCAACGGUUGGUCGACAUCGACAGCUCUGUCUGGCGCUCGAAAGCAGUCAAAACGCGUUGGAUAGUUAUGUACGGGGUUUGUCGGCGCACGAACAUGACACGAUGCAGGAUGGCAUCUCGAUCCUGCGAGUUCAUCAACUAUUACUGGUAAUUCGCUUGCACAUCAACGUCCUCAAACCCGAGGAACGCGAGUCCUCUUACAUCAUCUGGGAAGGCCAUUUCGAGGAGAUCUUACGGCAGUGCGAGAGCGCCGUACAAAGGGAACAAGAUCGAAUUGAUGCGGGAACUUUCAACUCCUGUUCGUCUGGGUUGGGCUACGUGAUGCCACUGCACGCAGUAGCCGCUCGGUGCCGUGAUCCCCAACUUAGGCACCGGGCCGCCGAGCUGCUGCUUAAGGCACCGAUGCGGGAUGGACUUUGGGAUUCGCGGGUUAUUGGGAGGAUUGUUUCCAAGACCAUUCAGCUCGAAGAAGGCUCGAGUGGGACGAUGGGGAGCAAAGUGCGGGAGGUCAAACUUGAGGCGCUUGACGAUGAGAAAGUUACACUUCAAUUCAUCACUGUAGAUGAUUGGAGGGAGGGUCGGCGAGGUCAAGAAAUGGUUGUACAACUCUAG